CUUUGACGAUAUAGACUUCCACCUCAAUCUCUAACCGGCACAAACGAUCCCACAAUAUUACCAGCGCAUUGCACGAACGAAUACCGAUACCGCACCAGGCAUCUUUUCAUCAAUCACAGCAACCAUGCCUGCAACCCGGCGAACAGCCCGCAAGGCGACAGCACCGCCAACGACACUGCAAUCCAAGCUCUCUUUCCACGGAACUCCCAACCGAGUCACCAAGAACUCAUCCACUAGACAAUCAAAAGAGACUAAAGCCGCACUGAAGAAGGACCCCGCCCUCCUCGAUGCGCUGCUCGCAAAUGAAAGCGCUGAAACAGCCGAAAUCCAACCCGAAUCCGCCGACGAAGAAAUUACUCCAGACCUCCCUUCAACGACAGCGCAAAAAGCUACCGACGAACAAGCAGUAUCCACAGCAUCAACUCUUCCUUCACGACCCCACCCCUCCGGAACCACCGAAGAUGCGGAGUCAUCAACAGUAGAAUCCGUCCUCGGCGGCCGCGCAGCAGCGAACGACCCCAUCGGUGCAACAAACGGACAAACAGGCUGGCUCGGUGACGAGGAAAGCCGCGCGCGCAAAGUUUCCGAGUCACAGAUCAAGAAAUACUGGCGGGCGAAAGAAGCGCAGCGUUUAGCGCCGCGGGUACAUCAGGAGGGCUUGGAAGUGCGGGAGAAGGUGCUGCGGGAGUGGGAUAUGAGUGGAGAGUUUGGGCCUUGCAUUGGAAUCGCUCGACUCAAGCGCUGGAAGCGUGCGAAUGCGCUAGGUCUGGACCCGCCGAUUGAAGUGCUCGCGGUAUUGCUCAAGGAAAUGGACGAGGGCGGUGCGGCGAAGAGUCAGCGGGCACAUGUGGAUGAAUUAUUGAGUUCGAGAUUUGUGGAGACCUGAGAGGCGAAUUCGAGAUGGA